GUUGCGAUAGGGCAUUGAGCGUACUUGUUGUCGCGGUAUAAGAACGAGGUGACUCGCCGACGUUAUCUCGAGCUCCCAUUAUCGACCGCUGCAACGAUGUCUACACUUUCAACGCUCGCGAAUGCGGCCCCCGUGCACAUCUUUGGCGUCUCCGGCGUUCUUGGCGCCGCCUACCACUUCUCGACUCUCCAUCUGGAACCCGACUUUGUCCUCCUGGAACUCUUCGGCCUCUACGCCACCGUCUUCGCCGGCUUGACUUACCUCUUCUACCUACCCACCAGUUCACUACUCGAUGGACUACAGAAAUCCGGCGUGGCCGCGGCAGGGUUCAAUACUGCGCUCGCAGCGAGUAUCCUCAUCUACAGGCUGUUCUUCCACAGGUUGCGGGGGUUCAAGGGACCCGUUGCGGCGAGAGCCACCAAGUUCUAUUUCUUGAUGAACAUCUGGAAGAAGUGUCAAGGCCACUUGGAGACGCAGCAGCUGCACGAGAAGUACGGAGAUUUCGUACGGAUUGGCCCUCGUGAGCUCUCCAUCGCCGCUCCCGGCGCAACCCACGCGAUAUACAGCUCGUCCUCGCCGUGCAUUCGCGCUGUUUUCUACCGCCACCAAGCACGCGAAGACCACUGCUCGGUCCUUCUGAGUCGGAGUCGAGCUCAUCACGCUAUGCGGCGGCGCGCCUGGGACCGCGCAUUCAACGGGACCAUGCUCUCGUCGUAUGAGCCCAAGGGCAAGGUACUCACCGACAAACUCUUGGAACAACUACAUACGCAUGCUGGGGAGGCGAUCGAUAUCACCGAUUGGGCGAGAUUCUUUGCCAUGGACUUUAUGGGAUGGGUGGGCUUGGGGAAGAGUUACGGGAUGAUCGACACGCUGAAGAUGCACGACAGCGUGAAGAACUUGAUGUCGGCCAUGUUCAUUCUCGGCGUGGUCGGACAGGUGCCGUGGUUGAUUACGUUGAUGUUGCAGAUUCCUGGUGCGGGAGCCACGCUCAGAGACUUCCAGGCAUGGUGCAGAACACAGGUGGAUGAGAAGAUCCGGACCUUCAACCCCUCCGCCAAAUCGACCGAUAUUGCCACCACCCUCCUCCAAGACGACCGAUGCGGACUCGGCAAGCUCGCCGACGAGGGACGCAACGACGACGGCCGUCUCAUGAUCAUCGCCGGCAGCGAUACUACCGCCUCGGCCCUCGCCGGCUUCUUCUACUACCUCGCCGCGAACCCCCGCGUCCAGCGCAAACUGCAGCACAUCCUCUCGGAGGCAUUCCCGGCAGGCGACAGCGCGUACACCACAGCCGCCGCCGGGGAGAUCCCCUACGUGGACGCGGUAAUCAACGAGACCUUGCGGCUGCAACCCCCGGUGACACUAAGCCUUACGCGCACCACACCGAAGGCGGGAAUGACCAUCAACGGAGUCUACAUCCCCGGCGAUGUCACCGUCAGCGUACCCACGUACGCCGUCCACAGAGACGGGCGUUACUUCGAGCGCCCAGAAGAAUUCAUCCCCGAGCGCUGGACCGACCAGCCGGAGCUUGUGAAGGAUCCCAAGGCGUUUAUCCCCUUCUCGAUUGGUCCCUACGGCUGCGCUGGCAAACCGAUGGCCGUGAUGGAGAUGAGGAUGGUCCUGUGCCGAGUGGUAAUGAACUUCGACACGGCGUUCGCAGACGGCGAAGACACGCUCAACUACUGCAAUAACCAGAAGGAUUACUACACGAUGCAGUUGCAGCCAUUGAAGAUGGUUUUCACACCUCGGUCAUGAGGUACAUAAGAGGAUGUUCGGUUGUUUUUCAUAGUCGGUCGAAAUCGAUGGAUACUAGCACUCGUGUGAAGGCGGAUAUCUAGCGAGCCGUAGCUGGGCGGGGGUGCUUGCCGGCAGCCUGGCAUGCACACGAACCGUGGGUAGUCUUUCAAUUAUGCUCACUUUUAUGUAACCGUCUGCGCAAUAACGUCUUGACGAGUCA